UCCAUUUUCUCCUCCUGUGCAACACAUCUCCGGCGGGAUAUUACAUUAUCAACUUUUUAGGGCAAUUUUACAUAGCUCAAUUAAAAAACUAAACACAGAAGAAAAAAUAAAUACAUAUUCACAGACUGUGAAGAGAAUGCAAGACCAACUCUAAAAAUCAUUUCCCGAGAUACAAAUCGACCCAUCUAGCUCUUUAUGCUCUGUGACAUAUAAUAUGCUACGAGAUAUUAAUGAAGCGUCUUCGCAUCCUGACAAAUAUGGGUGUGUGGUCUUCGUGAUGUAAAGAUGAAUACUGCGCGAGGGGCAAAAAAAGCAAAGGAGCAAGAAUUCUCCCCUAUCUUCUGUUCAGUCGAGCUCCUCCCCCGUGUGGAGCUUCAUUUGAUCAAAUCCUUCAACUUAGACCGCUUCGCCGAAUAGCACUUUUUUGUUGCAGAAACAACUGUGUAGGCUAUAGCUACAACUUGCGAGGAGUUCCGUUGCCGCACAUCAAAACCGAGCGUUAAAAGGGAAGAGAGAGGCGAGAGAAAAAGGACUGUAGGCUACCCAGAGCAUCUUUCCAGGGCUAUCAGACAUGGAGAAGGGGAUCAGAUUCUGCCCAAAUUGGCGCCGCGCUGCCUGUUUCCUGUUUUUGAUUCUUUGCUUUUUUGUUCCGUUGGCCAAAACGGAGAUAACUUGCAGAUCAUGCCAGCCCCUGGACAAGACUGGUUCACGGGAAUUACUGCUGAAACUGGACACGCUAGAAUUCGCAACAGGGUCCGGAGGGGAAGUUAUCAAAUAUGGAGACGGGGCAGCAGGUUUUAAUUCUGCAAGUGGUGAAACUCGCCAGUCUGACAGCGCAGCUAAGUCAUCAGAAUACGGUGCGGGUCAAGGGAAAUACUCUCAUUCCAGGCGAAAGCGGAAUAUUGACAGGCACUAUUUGCAGAAGAAACCCGUCCAUGGAAGCGUGCCUAAUGAAAGCGGGGAAUCAGGCAAAAGCCAGAAUAAAGUUACACAGCCCCAGUUUAACGGUCGCAAGGUAGCAGGUGCCGGGAGAGCCCCCGAUAAAUUACACAAGUGCAGAUUUCGUAAGAGCACCCAGGUGAAGGAGAUCAGAGAAAUUCUUGAAAAGUCACCUGCACCUGCUUUUCACACGGAGUCGCACGCUGUCAGUGUCCAGCAUGAGGGCACCGCAGGGCAGCCUGUGCGCAGGUUCCGCCGCUCUGAGGCGCGGUGGAGAGGGGAGGACCGGAGAACGGCCAAUUCAAAGCAGGACGAGCUGAAACUUACCAGCUCAACCUUUGCAUUGACCGGAGACUCAGCCCACAACCAAGCCAUGGUACAUUGGUCUGGGCAGAACAGCAGUGUCAUUUUGAUGCUGACAAAAUUCUACGACUUUAAUCUGGGCAGCGUGACAGAGAGCUCCCUGUGGCGGUCAACUGACUACGGGACCACUUACGAGAAGCUAAACGAGAAGGUGGGGGUGAAAACAAUCCUCAGCUACUUGUACGUCAGUCCCAACAACAAGCGCAAGAUCAUGCUGCUGACUGACCCGGAGGUGGAGAACAGUCUGCUCAUCAGCACGGACGAGGGGGCCACGUACCAGAAGUACCGCCUCAACUUCUACGUCCUCAGCCUGCUCUUCCACCCCGAGCAGGAAGACUGGAUCCUCGCCUUCGGCCACGACCAGAAGCUGUACAGUUCCGUGGAGUUCGGCAGGAGAUGGCAACUGGUCCAUGAACGAGUCGCCCCCAAUCGAUUUUACUGGUCAAAGAUGGGCGUGGACAAAGAGGCAGGCCUCAUUCAUCUGGAGACCAGCGUAUCAGACACACAGGCCCUGUACAUCACCUGUAAACUGCAGAACUGCACAGACGGCAACAAGGGGAGGCCGUUCCCUGGCUACAUCGACCCCAACUCCCUGGUGGUGCAGGAUGAGUACGUGUUUGUUCAGGUCACCACAGGUGGCAGGACGAUCUACUACGUGUCAUCACAGCGGGACGUCUUCAGCCCUAUGAAGCUCCCGAAAUACACCCUGCCUAAGGACCUGCACGUGAUCAGCACGGAUGAGAAGCGCGUGGUCGCGGCGGUGCAAGAGUGGAACCAGAAUGACACCUUCAACCUGUACGUGUCCGAGUCCGGAGGGGUCUACUACACACUGGCCCUGGAGAACGUCAUGAGCAGCAUGGGCCACGAGGGGAACGUCAUGAUCGACCUGUAUGAGGUGGCAGGAAUAAAAGGCAUGUUCCUGGCGAACAAGAAGCAAGACAACCAGGUCAAGACUUACAUAACCUACAACAAGGGCCGCGACUGGAGGCUGCUGCAGGCCCCUGAUGCAGAUCUGAGAGGCGACGGCAUCCACUGCAUGCUGCCGUACUGCUCCCUUCACUUGCAUCUCCAUGUGUCGGCCAACCCGUACACGUCCGGAAACAUCGCCAGCAAAGAAUCAUCACCCGGCAUCAUCCUGGCAUCAGGCUCUAUUGGUUCUGGACUGAGCAGCAGUAAUGUCAGCAUGUUCAUCACAUCCGACGCAGGCAACACAUGGAGACAGAUCUUCGAGGAGGAGUACAGCGUGCUCUAUCUGGACCAGGGUGGGGCUCUGGUGGCCAUCAGACACACUCCACUUCCCAUCAGGCACCUCUGGCUCAGCUUCGAUGAGGGCAGACUGUGGAACAAGUACAGCUUCACGUCGUCUCCGCUGUUCGUGGACGGCGUCCUGGGGGAGCCCGGAGAAGAGACCCUGAUCAUGACGAUAUUCGGUCACGUGAGCCAUCGCUCCGAGUGGCAGCUGGUGAAGAUCGACUUCAGGUCCAUCUUUAACCGCCGCUGCACUGAGGGCGACUACCAGACCUGGCACCUGCAGAACCAGGGUGAGACGUGCCUCAUGGGGGUGAAACGCAUCUACAGGAAGCUGAAGCCAAUAGCCCGGUGCGUUAUGGGUAAAUCGCACUCGGUCACCAUGAUCUCGGAGCCGUGCGACUGCACCGAGUCCGACUUCGAGUGCGACUACGGCUACGAGAGGCGAAGUGACGGGAAGUGCUCCCCCGCCUUUUGGUUCCUCCCGUCGUCGAUGACGAGGAGCUGCACCACGGCGAGCAGCUUCCUCAACAGCACAGGCUACAGGAAGGUUGUGACCAAUAACUGCACAGGUGGAGUGGUGGACCUGUACACGGCACACAGGCAGCCAUGCCCCCGCCAGGCCCCUAGGGGGCUCCACCUGGUCACCAGCGAUGGCACCCUCACCGCUACCGUCAACAGCAACGUCACUUUCCUGGUGUUUCUGGAAGAGGGCUCUGGCUCACGCACCACCAUCAUGCUAGACUUCGGCAACGGCAACACCGUCACCUACUCCAACAUCAGCACGGUGGAGGACGGCAUCAAGCACGUGUACAGGAGCGUGGGCAUCUACCGCGUGGCGGCCACCGCCAGGAACGACCUGGGCGUGGAGACCGUGGUGCUGUAUCUGCACGUGAGCUGUCCGCUUGAACACAUCCACCUCUCGGCUCCCUUCGUGGCCGUGAAGAACAAAGAGGUGAACCUGACGGCCGUGCUGUGGCCCAGCCAGGUGGGCACCGCCACCUACAUCUGGUGGCUUGGCAACAACAGCGAGCCAGUGAUUACCCUGGAUGGAAGCGUCGCCUUCACCUUCUCCAGGGAAGGAACCAACGUUGUCACGGUGCAGGUGUCCGCUGGGAACAUCAUCCUGCAGGACAGGAAGAUCAUCGCCGUCCACGAGUACUUCAAGUCCCAUCUCCUGGCUUUCUCCGCCAACCUGGACGAGCACAACCCUGACGUGGCCGAAUGGAGACUGGACGUCAGCCGGGUCAUCAGGAACUCCGUGAUUCAAGCCACUGGUAUCGACCGGGAGCUGCUGCUGGUCACCGUUUUGCCGGGGCUACCUACCACAGCAGAGUUCUUCCUGCUGCCGGACAAACGCGUCACCGAGGGCAAGCCCGAGAAGACCUCCGCACACCUGGAUGAGCUCUCUGAGGUGGUGUUAGGAGCCUUGAAUCAGAACCUGGUUCAGUUUAUCCUUAGACCAGGAGUCCAGAUCACCGUCUACGCUGCACACUUAUCAGCCGCACCCCUAGUGGACACCAGCGAGAACCACAGCGGUUCGGCCAUGCUGAUGCUCCUGUCUCUGGUGGUGGUGGGUCUGGCCGUGUUUGUCGUCUAUAAAUUCAAGAGGAAGAUCCCAGGCCUCAGCGUCUAUGCACAGAUGCAGAACGAAAAAGAACAAGAAAUGAUCCAGAGCCCGGUGAGCCCCGCCGCCGUCGUGGACACUACGGUGGCGACGGCGACGACGGCGGGGGGGAAGCCGGCACCACACCCCGCUAGGGAGUUGGUGACUUCUUCACUGAGGCCUCUGGACACGGAGCGCAACACUCAUACCAUUGAAUGCAUUAAACCUCAUCCACGAGUCAAAUUUUCAACAGAACUCCCUACUUACAUUGACGUCUGACGCCGCCUGGGUUCCCCCCAACAGAGAUCCUGCUGUGUUUCAUGGGCUUUGUUCUGACACAAAAGGUUUUAAGCUUUAUACCUGUGCAUGUUGGACAUUGCUGAGACUAACUGUGCUCUGUGAAUACCAGAUUAAAAACUGUGUACAGGUUUUUUUUUAUACAUACAUGUCGGUUUAAGAAAUGAAGCAUUUUUGCUUACAUUUAUUUAUAAUACUACAAGUACAUAACCAGGGGGAGAAGGACAGCAUGUACUAUUUAAAGAGAAAAAGGAGAAAAAAAAAAGAAAAAAGGUUCGCCAGUGUCUUACCAUUCCCUUGCUUUAUUGUAUUGCUAAUAAUAGUGAUACAGUAUUUAUUCCUGAGUAUAUAUUAAAUAAAAGUCACAUUUAUUUUGUAAAUCA